AUGUUAAGAAAAGAAAAGAAAGAUAGUCCCUACACGAUUAUUUUCUGUCAAACGGUGAAUGACAUUGCACUGAUCCUCAGCUUCCUCCUGAAAAACCUGGGUGAAGAUGCAUAUGUUGAGGGACAGGCACCCUUGCCUGAACGCUGCCUAGUUACUGUGUACUACUCGGUGACUCCAGAGAAAAUGAAAGAACGGGUAAAGUCAUCAUUUGAGAGUGGAGCUGGCACAGCCAGAAUAGUUAUUGCUACGACUUCUUUACCUUCCAUGUGUCACUUAUGUUGUUCACUUUGGUCCCUCAAGAGAUCUGGUCAGCCAUUUGCAGGAGGCAGGGCGUGCAGGCCAUGAUGGCAAGUCUCAGGCUCACAAUGUCAUUGGGAAACAUAAGGCACUGUGUGGCAAUGA